AUGGGUUCCGUCUAUGAGCCUCUUCCGGAGACGUCUCACAUUCGCCUCCUUCAAGUCCAAGUCGACCAAUCUAGCGGUGACCUGGUUUGUGACUUCAAGAUUGUCCGCCUGGAUGAUGCCAAGCCGGACCCGUUCACGGCCAUCUCGUAUACUUGGGGCCAGCCUGCACCCCCGGCCUCUAGCAUCAGAUUGUCCGACGGCCGCGUGCUGCCGCUGAGCCAGACCUUGACUGAUCUAUUCGACGCCCUGCGGCGGCGUCGUUCGCACUUCGCCGUCUGGAUUGACUCGUUAUGUAUAAACCAACACGACGCCAAGGAGAAGGCGUCCCAGGUGAGCAUGAUGGGGCAGAUCUACUCGUCUGCCCAAGAGGUCCUGGUGUGGCUCGGUGCCAGCACGCCUGAGACUCGGCGUGCUUUCCACUUCAUGGGAUCUAGUCGGUCAUCUACCGCCGAAGAUGCGGCCGAGCCCGAUGAGAGUCUUGCUGCCGGUCUCAAGCUCGUCUUGUCCAUUCUCGCUCGCCCCUGGUUCCGCCGUGUAUGGGUCAUCCAAGAGGUCACGCUGAAUUCCGGGGUUUCAAUGGUUUGUGGCGACGACCUUGUGGGAUUUGCGACAUUCCAGGACUAUGUUUUUAGUAUAUGGAAGUUUCUGGAUGACUGGCACGACUACGACGACGACGACCCUAGAAUCCAAGGCCUAUGGAGUGCCACGAGACUGAUCAAUCUGCGGCGCGAGUUUCUCCGCCAAGGCUUUGUGAGAUAUGAAAUCCUCCUACAGGCAGCCUUCUACUGCGAGGCCACAGAUCAGCGAGAUGCGGUAUUCGCCUUCCGCGGCAUAGGAGAACAGGACCGGCCCGUCCCGCCACCAGACUAUACAGUCCCGAUAGGACAGGAACCCCAUUAUAGCGACGCGGUGCAGGAAGUAUAUCGCAAGACGGCCGUGGCGUUGCUCUGUCACGGCCCAUCGCUAGACUUGCUCGCUCUGGGUGGCAUCGAGCGGCCACGGUCUCCCGGCCUACCAACCUGGGCACCAGAUCUUCGAUAUCUUGCUUUCAUAGAGCCAUUUGUUCCGUGUGAUAUUGCGGAGUGGAAUGCAGGCGGCCCACUCGGCAUCAGCCCGGAACUCAUUUCGCCCGGCCGCCUCAAGAUCCAAGUCUGCCCAAUUGGUACAAUCGACGAGGCAUGUCCUGUUUUCGAUGCAUAUUCCGUUGCUGACCAGAAAGAAGCCAUGGAACGUAUCUUUAGGAUGAAGUCGACCCUGCCAGGGUCAACGCAGCAAGACUGCCUCGGGCAGUUGGCCAUGGACCUCCUCUUUGGUCUUGACAUUGAUGACCUUCCAGCGGGACCCGUGUAUCAUGAAUAUUUUACCGAGUGGCUGCAGUGGCUAAGAGCCAGCUCUUCGCAGGACGAUCUCGCCAAGAUCAGCCAUAACAAGUAUCACCGAACUAUCUCGAUGCGGGUUGACGGGUGGAAGGCCUUUACCACGCUGCGGGGUGAUUUUUGCAUCGGCCCUGCGUGUUCUGAGGUCGGGGACAUGGUGUGCACGGUACCCGGGUGUCGGCUACCCAUGAUUAUCAGAUCUGCCCCAGGAGAGUCUGGGGUAUCUGGAACUUUUGAGCAGUCCAUCAUUGUGAGCUGGUGCUAUGUCCGAGGCCUCAUGGACCACAAGGCUGCCAAGUCGCAAUGGAUGAUGAUGGCGGUGACGCUGCAGUAA